CUAUCUUUCUAAGCAACUGAGAUGUAUCUCCUGGCAAGGAUUUUCUUUAGAGCACAUACCUAACAACUUUUACUUGGAAGGUGCAAUUGCGAUGGAUUUCCAGCACAGUAAUCUCAGACUACUGUGGAAAGAACCCACGGUUUUUCCGUUGCUAAAAAUCCUGAAUCUUAGUCAUUCAAAGUACUUGACAGAAACCCCUGAUUUUUCAAAAUUACCAAGUCUUGAAAAGCUCAUUCUCAAGCAUUGUGUAAGUUUGGGCAAGGUACACCAAUCUAUUGGAUAUUUACACAAUCUUGUACUAAUAAAUUUGAAAGGCUGUACAAACCUAAGCAAUCUCCCAAGUGAGGCAUAUAAGUUGAAAUCUUUGAAAACUCUUAUCCUAUCUGGUUGUCUAAAGAUUGACAUCUUUAAAGAAGAUAUAUUGCACAUGAAAUCCUUGAAAACUCUAAUUUCUGAAAAUACUGCUGUGGAACAAGUUCCCAUUUCAGUUGUAAGCUCAAAAAGCAUUGGAUAUAUACAUGUAGACGAAGAAAAGGGAUUAUCACUUACUGUUCUUCAUUCUAUAAUUUUGUCUUGGAUGUCCCAUACUUUCAAUCCCCUGUAUCGUAUUCGUCCGUUUCGUGGCAUUUCAUCAUCUCUGGUAUCCAUGAAUGUGGAGCAUAAUGAUUUGGUAGAUCUAGCACCAAUCCUUGGAAGCAUUUUAAAUCUGCGUACUGUUUUAGUACAGCAAUAUGUCACGGAGUAUCCAAUACCUCAUCAACUGAUAGCAUUUUUGGAAGAAGUUCAACAAGUUCGUCGUGUAAGUUGGACUACAUCUACACAACUUUCCAACAAUCCAUUCAGUCCAUAUUUGAUUCAAUUUGGAGGUUAUCAAGAAGAAGUCUUCAAUACUCUCCGAAAAAGCAUUUAUGAUGAGGGAUUGGCAGGCAGACAGUCUCGUAAAGUUUUUCUCCCUAGUGACAAUUAUCCUCGUUGGUUGGCUUAUAUGAAUGAGGGACACUCAGUCACUUUCACCUUGCCUGACAAUUUUCACAUGGAUGGAAUGAUUUUGUGUGUUGAGCAUUUAUCACGCUUGGGAGACCCAACUCAAUAUCUGAUUUGUGUCUUAGUGGUUAAUUACUCAAAGUGCACAAUCCAGUUAUUCAAUCGAGAAACAAUAACUUCCUUGAAUGAUGUUGAUUGGCAGGACGUGAUAUCACAUAUAGGAUGUGGAGAGCAGUUGGAGAUUUUUAUUAUUUUUGAAAAAGGAUUUGAAGUCCAGAAGACAGCUGUCUAUCUAGUGUGUAAUGGAUCAAUUACUUUCUACUCAAAACCUUAAGGUAAUAGGCUUACUCGUCUCAGUUAGUUAGAAAGACAAAUCAUCGGUUCUGAUACCACUUUUGGGUCUAUUCAAGGAAGAGGUUCACUAGAGACAUACAAACACCAAUAAGAUCUAAGUCCAACCAUAUAUAAGGGAUUGACACCACUCUCUAUCCAAAACCUUAAGACAAUGGAUUAAUGAGUCUUUCACCUUUAUAUAGCGUUCCACUUUCUCAUUUGUAUCCAAUAGAAAACUUGGACUCACACUUGGAUUCCCAACAGAUUUAACGAACCCUAAUGAUAUGGCGGUAAAAACGACUAAUAGUAAGAAGGUAGGGAAUGAGGGGCUUAGGGUCACGAAGAUUGCACUCAUCCUCUCUCAUUGGAAGUGUCUUCCCUUUCCUUAAGUGUAUUAUGCUUUUAUUUCUUUGUAACCACUAUGAUCGUUA